UCUUGCGUUCCUAGUUUCUACCCGGAUUGUUUCGCAGCGGAAAUAGAGUCCGCACCGGCGGUCCGACUGCCACGUCUGAAACAACUACAGUAAUAAAGAUCGCAGAUAAUUUUAUACGAUAUCUUUAAGAAGGUAAUUGGAUUAACACACAAAAUGGUGUCUGUUAUUAAUACAGUGGACACCUCACACGAGGACAUGAUUCAUGAUGCUCAGAUGGACUACUAUGGCACCAGAUUGGCCACCUGCUCUUCCGAUCGCUCCGUCAAGAUCUUUGACGUCAAGAACGGUGGACAGAUACUUGUGGCUGAUCUGAGGGGACAUGAGGGUCCGGUGUGGCAGGUGGCCUGGGCUCACCCCAUGUACGGCAACAUCCUGGCGUCUUGCUCCUAUGACAGGAAGGUGAUCAUCUGGAAAGAAGAGAAUGGCACUUGGGAUAAGAUGUAUGAAUACACCGGCCACGACUCAUCGGUGAAUUCUCUUUGCUGGGGACCAUAUGACUUCGGUUUAAUCCUGGCCUGUGGAAGCUCCGAUGGUGCCAUUUCAGUGUUAACAUGUUCUGGUGAUGGCCACUGGGAUAUUAAGAAGAUCAACAAUGCACACACAAUUGGCUGUAAUGCAGUGAGUUGGGCCCCAGCUGUCGUCCCUGGGAGUCUGAUCGAGCAGCCAUCAGGACAGAAGCCCAACUACAUCAAGAGAUUUGUGUCUGGAGGCUGCGACAAUCUGGUCAAGCUGUGGAAAGAGGAAGAUGGCCAGUGGAAAGAGGACCAGAAGUUGGAGGCUCACAGUGAUUGGGUGAGAGACGUCGGCUGGGCUCCUUCUAUUGGUCUGCCGACUAGCACAAUUGCCAGCUGCUCUCAGGAUGGUCGAGUGUUUAUCUGGACGUGCGACGACCCAACAGGCAACACCUGGACGGCUAAACUCCUCCACAAAUUCAACGACGUGGUGUGGCAUGUGAGCUGGUCCAUCACUGGAAACAUCCUGGCUGUGUCAGGCGGGGACAACAAAGUGACCCUAUGGAAAGAGUCUGUGGAAGGACAGUGGGCUUGUAUCAGCGACGUCAACAAAGGACAGGGAGCCGUGUCCUCCAUCACAGAUAACCAGCAGAAUGAGCAAUAAAGCUCAAUACCUCCUCCAAUCUCCAAACGCCAACUCCUAUCAACUCUCAAAGACUUUUUCAUAAAAGAUUUAAGUGCUUCUAUCGCCCACAGAUUUCCAGGUGUUGGAACCAAUCUGAAAUUUUGCUCUGUCGGACUUAAGUUUUAGUUUAUGUCCGAACAAAAU